CAUUUGUUUACUUUACGAGAGCUUGGGUAAGGCUCAGUGAUCGGACAUUUUAUAGAUGCUAGGGAGUUUUUGAUAAGCAGUUUGCAGGAGCUUGAAUGAUCAAGUAUUGAUAGUAAAGCUUCUGUAUGUUUCAUCAAAUAUAACUAGAAGAUCUGGGUGAAAGUUAAAGCACGUGUGACUGUUUACAAACGUCUUAAAGUUAUUGACAAGAGUUUCGCCGUCCCUCCCGAGCAAUCUAUUGAAGAAUAAUUAAUCACCGGCAAUCUUUUGUGGAGUAAACAUGGAGUUCAUAUUGAAAUUCGGAUUAUCCUUCCUAAUUUCUACAUAGUCUUCUAUUUAACGAUAAAGUUAUAUGAAUAUCAGCUGAUUUAGGAUUUUGACCUUCUGAAGACAAGGGCUCGAAGUACUUUUGGCUAGAGUUAUCCGAGUACCCAUUUUUUCAAACUGGAUUAAAUGUGUAAAUCAUCGAUCAGGUCGUACAGACGAUGGUAUUAGACAGAAAAAUGGAAAGUACAGAGGUAACAAGUUACCACGUCACGCAACCAACGGGUUUGUUCUCUCUACUCAACACUAAUGGCAUAACGCAAGAUCUUACCACAAUCAUGGCGGACGAUCGGACUCGAAUGGAUAAUCCUUGUGAUUCUUUCAACAAAACCGGAUGUCGUCAGGAAGGAAUGGGAAUCAGUCUUUCUACUCCCAUUAUCAUGUUUACUACUGGAAUUCUGGGAAAUAUUCUAGCACUUGUAGUGUUGUAUACGUCACGCAAAGAGGCCAAAAGGACGGUAUUUUACACAUUACUGGCCGGAUUGGCUUGGACAGAUUUGAUUGGCCAGCUAAUGACGUCACCGAUUGCAAUUGUUGUGUACGCCAACAAUUUAAAAUGGGUAGGAGGGAAACCCCUUUGUCGUUAUCAUGCUUUUGCUAUGAUCCUAUUUGGAGGCUUAACGCCCCUUCUUGUGUGUGCUAUGUCAGUAGAACGAUUACUUGCUCUACGGUUUGCUUAUUUCCAUGCAAGAGUUGCCACGAAGAAAAAGGCUUUUAUAGCUAUCGCAGCUUGUUGGAUUAUUGUGAUGUUUUUCUGUUCAUGGCCAUUUGUUGGAAUAGGAAGCUAUGAAAUUCAAUUUCCAGGAUCUUGGUGUUUUUUGAACUUUCAUAAAGAAAGUGUGAGUGACAUCAUAUAUGCAUCAAUAUUUGCAUCAACCAAUAUUGUGAUAAUUUUAUUGAACCUCGGGUGUAAUAUCGCUGUUGUUGUGACAUUACUACAAAUGAGACGAAAAAGGGUGGCGAACAAUUCACCGUAUUGUCACAGGAGACACAACACGAAUCAGAGUAAAACAAAGUCAAUAAAGAGAGAAGCUGAAACUCAGAUGGUCAUUUUCCUGUGUGCUAUCACUCUUGUCUUCACAACUUGUUGGUUGCCAAUCAAUAUAAACAUCAUUAUAAAUCAGAUCACAGGUGUAACAAAUAGGAAAGCAGAUCUCCUGGGUGUUCGAUUUGCAGGAAUAAAUCAAAUUCUUGAUCCCUGGUUGUAUGUUCUGUUGCGGAAAGCACUGAUCUUGAAGCUAGUGAAAUAUCUUCACCAGAAGCUCUGGAGCCGCUCUAAAAUCGACGGAACUGGUAGACAAAUCUUACACUCUUACGAAAAUGUUCCAGUUGAUAGAGAACAUAUCUCACUCGGUGCGCUCGACGAUCUUCAAAUCAAAGUUUUGUGUGUGAGCAAUGACAAGCAUCCAUCUAACCACGAUUGUGAAAAAGAAAUGGAAAGUAGUGACGAAAGUAUGUCGAGCGUGUCAAAUCUCAUUUCAGCAAACCAACAUACAGAUAGGGGAUAUCAUUCCAAUUCAUCUGAACUGCGUAAAACUGUAACUCUUAAUGACAACACAAUACACCAAAAUUAUAGUGACAAUCGGCUCAGUCAGUCUACACAAGAUAGUUCUAGAAAAAGAGUCAAGUUAAAACGUAUCCAUAGUUCCCCUGCUUUUAAUUCUACAAAGUGUUCGAAACCCCAUAAAAAAUAUGAAAAACAAAGUAGCUCACAUAAUGACGACAGUGUAAUCACGAUAUGAAUUACAAUUCGCAAACUACCAUUCAAGUGGGAUAAAUUGUUUUAUUCAAUUCACCAUUUUCUUGAAAGAAAAAAGUAUGUAUUUUCAAAUGGACGCUCAUAAAAUAUGUACAUGGGUCCAUGUAUAAAAAUAAGACAACUGUGAUCAAAUGAAGGCUAUUUCAUAGCAUCUUUUGUUUAAUUUGUUUCAAGUAACAUGCUAUUUAGCAUAUGAAUUUGUUGUACAUUUAUUUUUCAAAGUUUUCAAAUAAAAGAAAAUCCAGA